CAGUCAUGCAGCAGGUCCUGGAUAACCUUACUGAUCUGCCCACGUCAACAGGCGCUGAAGAAAUAGACCUGAUUUUCCUGAAAGGAAUUAUGGAAAACCCUAUUGUAAGAUCACUUGCUAAGGCUCAUGAGCGACUGGAAGAUUCUAAACUUGAGGCAGUCAGUGACAACAACCUGGAGCUGGUGAAUGAAAUUCUUGAAGACAUCAGUCCCUUAGUAAAUAAAGAUGAGAAUAUUGCAGAAUUGGUUGGAAUACUCAAGGAGCCUCAUUUUCAGUCACUCUUGGAAGCACAUGAUAUUGUGGCUUCAAAAUGUUACGAUUCCCCUCCUUCUAGCCCAGAAGUCAAUAAUUCUUCAGUGAACAACCAGAUUGUUCCAGUAGAUGCUAUUCGUAUCCUUGGAAUUCACAAAAGAGCAGGAGAACCACUGGGUGUUACGUUUAGAGUUGAGAACAAUGAUCUGGUAAUAGCCCGGAUUCUUCAUGGCGGGAUGAUAGAUCGACAAGGUCUUCUGCAUGUCGGCGACAUUAUUAAAGAGGUGAAUGGCCACGAGGUUGGAAACAAUCCAAAGGAAUUGCAGGAACUGCUGAAAAAUAUUAGUGGCAGUGUCACUCUGAAGAUUCUCCCCAGCUACAGAGAUACUGUUAUUCCUCAACAGGUUUUUGUGAAGUGUCAUUUUGAUUAUAAUCCAUAUAAUGACAACCUCAUCCCAUGCAAAGAAGCAGGUUUGAAAUUUUCUAAAGGAGAAAUUCUUCAGAUUGUAAACCGGGAAGAUCCAAAUUGGUGGCAGGCUAGUCAUGUCAAAGAAGGAGGAAGUGCAGGGCUUAUUCCUAGCCAGUUCCUGGAAGAGAAGAGAAAGGCCUUUGUUAGGAGGGACUGGGACAACUCAGGGCCUUUCUGUGGAACAAUAAGCAGCAAAAAAAAGAAAAAGAUGAUGUAUCUCACUACAAGAAAUGCAGAAUUUGAUCGUCAUGAAAUCCAGAUCUAUGAGGAAGUAGCCAAAAUGCCUCCUUUUCAGAGGAAGACACUGGUCUUAAUUGGGGCCCAAGGAGUGGGGCGAAGGAGUUUGAAGAACAGGUUUAUAGUACUGAAUCCUACCAGGUUUGGAACUACAGUGCCAUUUACUUCAAGAAAGCCCAGGGAUGAUGAAAAGGAUGGGCAAGCGUACAGAUUUGUGUCACGAGCUGAGAUGGAGAUGGAUAUCAAAGCUGGCAGAUAUUUAGAGCAUGGAGAAUACGAAGGAAAUCUUUAUGGCACCAAAAUUGAUUCCAUCCUUGAAGUUGUUCAGACAGGAAGGACCUGCAUCUUGGAUGUGAAUCCACAGGCUCUGAAAAUAUUGAGGACUUCAGAAUUCAUGCCCUAUGUAGUGUUUAUUGCUGCGCCAGAGCUGGAGACGUUGCGUGCUAUGCACAAGGCUGUGGUAGAUGCUGGAAUUACAACCAAACUUCUCACUGACACUGAUUUGAAAAAAACAGUGGAUGAAAGUGCCCGGAUCCAGAGGGCCUACAACCACUAUUUUGACCUGACCAUUGUCAAUGACAACCUGGACAAAGCCUUCGAGAAGCUCCAGAGCGCCAUCGAGAGGCUGCGGCUGGAGCCCCAGUGGGUCCCCAUCAGCUGGGUGUAUUGAGAUUUCUCCAGAGGAGCUUAAGUAACAAAUAAAAUGAGCUGCAGCAAACACCCUAACGUGACGUUGUGUAGAUACCGACGGUAACCUACGGCACCUGUGCAUUUUUAAUCUGUGUAUAUUCAAAAGUACACUAUUCUGAAUUUUUAUAAAAAUGUUGAAGGGAAAGUGUACUUAAAUAUGUAAUUUAUUUUAAUUUUUCUAACUUUUUACAGAUAACCUUUCUAUUCAUAUCACAUGAAGGAAAUGCGUUUAAGCAUUUUUAUAUGUUUUGAUUUAGUACCUUUGCCUUUUUCAUCUAAGAAACUUUCAGUCAUUCACUUCAACAUUUACAUCUUGGUCUUACAUUUUCACUGUGAUUACAAAAAAAAAAAGGAUACUUGAAACAAUUUUGUAAAACUUGUUAACGUCAGUGUUUAACUGGUCAAAAGCCUAUAGCUCUUAUUAGGAAAGAACACUAAUUUCUUUGAGGGUUUUUUUUUUUUCUUCUUUAGAAAUUAAUAAUUUUAUGGGAGCAGAAUUUUAAAUAUUAACAGCAGGAACCAACACCCAGCUCCAUUGCUUCUUUGGGCUUAAAGUUGAUGCAUUCUUGAUGUUUCACAAAGUCUUGGUGUCUCUUGAUGUAGACGACUGUUGUGUGGGUUCCCUCCUACGUGUCUCUGGAAAUACAGCGAUUGGUACCGUUCCUGGGAGCACCCAAAGGUGCUGGCCUUGGGGAGCCGGUACGCGAGGUAACGGGGUGCUGGUACGUGAGGUAACGGGGUGCAGUCUGAGAAAUGGGGAAUGAAGGAGCCUGAGAGAGACCCUGGUAACACGGAGCCUUGUAGAGGGACGCUCAAUGGCUAGGAGUAUUUAUUCGCUCUUGGGAAAACACAUUGCUUUAAAAAAAAAAAAAAAAGUAGAAAAAAAAAAAAAAAGAAAAAGGUGGGGGUACAUUUUCUUUUCAUAGGACAUUGUUUGAUGUUUGUGUAGUGAUCUGUGGCUUAAUUUCCUGUGAGAUCUACUAGUUCGAUAUUAUCUUUUUGAGUAUUUGUGUGCGAUCAACUGCUGUAUUCUUACCAGCGUGAUGUAACGGAAUUUCUGUGCUUUUUGUUACAUUGGUUUUAGUUGGGUUUUUCGUUAGAUAGCUUGUGAAUUGGAAGCUUCCUGCUAAAAAGCAAUGUUGUUUGUUCCUUUUUGUUUUACGACAUAUUUCCUUUUGUUCAGUGACAGUUCUCCCCUUAGUAGGCUCAUUGAUAUAAUCCGUAUUAGGUUCGAGUUCAUCAAUCAAAACUUGUGCUGAUGUAAAUUUCUGCUUAACAAGAACAAAAGGAAAGUACAGCUUGUCGCUAAGGCUGGCUUUUCUUGUGACCAUAUUUUAUAUUACCGUGUCAGCUGUUGUAUAUAGUGACAUCCAGCAUCACGUACCAGGUUAGGUGUCUCCACAGAAGUCAUCUGUUUGUUUAAUUUCUCUUCCAUCUGGUGACAGGCACCUGGCUUUGGAAUUCUUUUUCAGCACCACGGAAUGCUAUCAGAAGGCAACUUCCUCAGAACUAUUUCUGAAGGAAAAGAAGCUUAGACACUGUAAAACGGUAUUGCUUCCUGGGGCUCUUGAAGACUUUUAUGUGCACAAGGGAAAAAAAACUGGAGUUGAUGCAGUAUAGGAAAAGUGUAAGUCUCAAACAAACCACCAGUAACUACAGGUGGUUUUAAAAAUCCUAUAAAGUUGGUUGUUGUGGGGGAAAAGGGGCAGGGAGGGCUUGAAAUCCCAGCGUGGAAAAUCUUAGUCAAAACUGCGUAUGGCACAGGAGGUCUUUGUGAGUCUUAAUAGUGGGAUUUCAGUCUUUUAGAGGGAAUCUGAAAUUCUCCAAGGAAAAUUUUACCACUACUUUGUUUUGUUGUUAUACUUUUCAGGGUGUGUUUUCUCUGGUUUUCAGUUUGGCAGAGCUUCUAAAUGUGGCACCAGCGUGAGAGGUUUAUUGUCCUUUCCCAGGGGACAUGUUCUGUGAUCCUGUCUCUCCGAGGCUGCUUUGGGAGCGGGAUGGGGCGUUGUGUGCAGCAGCAAUGACAGCAGAGCCAUUCCUUGCCUCUUCUAAUGAUUUGCUGUUGGCACUCUGUGCCCAAUGUGACCAAGCUGGGUGUGUGUACUGUGUCAUGGGAGACCUACACCUGCUGUAAAUAAGAUGUGCUGUCUGGACAGAUACGAUGCCUUUUCAUUAUGAGUUAGAAAAUACUCUAUUUGUGAUGCCAAAAGUGGGCUGAGCUCCCUCUUCCCUAAUGAAUGGAAUGAGAAGAUUGUUCAGUUUCCACACCGUAGUACUUUAUAUUGCACAUAUCACUUCUUUUCAUCAUUUUUUUUCCGUAAGUUUCCUUAACGAAAUGAAACACAUGAAUCCUGGGCACCAAGGUUUAGUCAGGAAAACCUCUCUGCUCCUGUUUGCAUCCCAGAGAGAAUACUGGCAGAAGAGUUCCCCUAGUUAGCAAUAUCUCCAAAUAGCCGUGUAUUUGCUAAAGCCUAAAGCUUUUGCUUUCCCCACAGGGUCACACAGGGGUUUUGCAAUCAAGCCGUGGGCACAUGGAGCCUGGUGGCUGACGUGUGGUGGUGAGAGUGUAGGUGGGAGUGAGAAGCACAAUUCUGAAGCUGUAGGAGAAGAUGACUUGCUUAGGGUGCACGCAAAGGUCCUGUCGACAUGGCUGCGGGUUUUAAUGGGAUGUCCACAUUCAGGUUCUAAGGAAAAGAAAAAAAACCCACAAAAAACCAAGCACCUCACUCCUUGCAUCUAGGAAUUAAAUCUUGGAAACUGAGAGUUCAGAUUGGCAAUUAUGUGAUGUUGGGGGGGGAGAGGAGUUGUUUUGGUGGUGUGGCGGUGGGUUUUGUUUUGUUUUUCAGCAAAAUCCAAUUUUCAUCAGAUAUUGUGCUUAGUUUGUCACUAACUGGUAGGAAGACUAGAGUGAGAAUUACAGGGUUUUUUUCAAAAGAGCAUUUUUGGACGUUCUUAGAAUGACGGAGCUGUUUCAGCGUAUACAGAGAGGUGACAAUCUCUACCUGUCAGGCUGUGCCAGAUCAGAUCUUAGAUUGAGACCUGGGGAGAAGGACACUAUGGACAGCUAGUUCUGAGCGACUGGAAAUAUUUCAUAUAACAGCUGCUUGAAGUAUUUUGGAGGAGGAGUUACAAUAACUAGGAUUUCAUGUUUCUCAUUCUGUACCGAACAUUUAUUUUCCAGAUACUAACAGGAAACCUUUUCCAUUGACUGUUAAUGAUAACAAUAGGUGUGUCUGAGCGAGGUUGAAGAUGCUGCUAAAUGUUUAAGAUAUGUGGUAUGUAUCACAAGAUAAAUAUGUAAGUAGUUUAGAAAAGUAAAUUAUCAAAUAGUUGUCUGUGUAUAUGUAUGUAUGUGGAUGGUAAAACAAAACCUGCUCACGUCUGCUAUCUCAUUACUAAGCUACCAUGACUUAAUCCAGAAACCUACCUGCAUGUGAGACUUUAGAACUGGUACACUUCUCUACCUGGUUUAUUGUGUUUACUAAUGUAUAUUUUUCUAAAUAUACAGAUAUUUCAAUCUAAAAAUUCUAUAUUUAUCUGUAAUUUCUAUCUGUUUUGGACAGUGCAUGAGGUGCUGUAAAAUUCUGUACAUAUAGAGACUUAAUAGAGGAAACACUGUAGUUGCCCUGUGAAUGAGGAGUUACACAUGAGUACAGGCAGUACGCCAGGACCCCUAAGUUAUUUCCUUAAAUGCACCAAAAAUUCCCUGAAGUGUGCACCAAUCUCAACUGUAAUGUAAAUACUUUGGUGCACGUGUACCCUAGGGGUGACCUUGCUGUCUCUACAUGUCCCACUAGCGGGUCUGCUUUAGGUUCUACACCGUGUGGCAAGAUGCUGUCAAUUGUUUAAUGCAGUUUAGUGGGAGAGUUACAAUGGGAUACGUUGUCUUGCAUAGAUUUAUAAAGGUCUUUUAAAAUGUUCUACAAGUGAAAUGAAAGUAAAAUUGGAGGAGAAUUGUGGCGCAGGUGAAGGAAAUGGAAUUGGUGACCAUUGCAGUGACCUUAACCUGUGCCACGGUCUCCCAUCAGCGCAGCUCCACCUGCUUGGCCACACAGAGCUUUGUGGAGGGGGAUGGCAGGUCAGCUCAUCGUGUCCGAAUCUGUGCUGAUAUAAACUGUCACAUCUUGGAUAGGCUUAAAACCUGACGCUUUUUUUUCCCCCAAUCCUCUGUACCAUUCUCAUGGCAUCUUCCAAAAUCGUACCUCAGUGACUUGCUGUACAAAUGGCCUGUGGCUCGGUGUUCAGGAAUUCAUCUGGGUUGGGUUGGGAAGAAGGUGACUCAGAUACGGAACAGGAAAGUUUUUUUAGUUUUUGAAACAGAAAAUUUCUGGCUGGGUCCCCUUGGGAGCCAAGCUUGCCUCUGCUGUGCUUAAGGUCCAGUGGAGAAGGAUCAAGUAGAGCAGCACGCCAGGAACCAGGAGGUAGGUUAUCACCUGUCUUUACAUGUGAGCUCUUAGGUCCUUCACCUCUUCCUUGGUUUCCCACCCAGGCUUCCUCUGUCCUGCUUCUUCAUUCAGGCUGAACUUUGAUGCAGAUGCUGUUCCUCCUGAUACCUGUAGUGCCUGCUGCAGUAGGUCCCCGUCACGCCGUGUGCCUGUAGGUACAGCUCUAGGACAAGCUGCAGGUGAAGGGCUGGGGCAUCUGUCUUGGAAAGGUGUGUUGGGCCUGUUUGCUGCGUGCAGGGCUUAUCGCCUCACCCAAAUGCUGAGGAGUGGAAGCACCGUAUUGUUCUUGCCAAAUUUCACGAUACUACUUCUGCAGAAGUGGUGAGAAAUGGAUUUCUGUGUGUGUAGGUCGGGGUUACUGGAUACAGACUCCUGCUCUGCCAGGCCUCUUGCCUUAAAACCCCCUCCCGCCCUCGGUCCCACAUGAAACCUCUCCUGGGCCAAUAAAAGGAUUUCUGUAGCUAAAGCUCCUCUGCUCUGGGUUCUGUGAGGAACUCUCAUUGCUGAAGGUGGUGAAAUCCUGGCCCAAUUUUCAUUUCUUUUUUGUCGAGUUUCUUUUUUUUGGCCUUCCCUUUUUGGUUUUCAUGUAUUUUUAACAAGUUUCCUGAUGGGAAUUGUCGGGGAUUCUCAGCUGCUGUAACUUCCUCUGGUCAGUCCCGAGACAGACGCUACAAAGAGCGAAAACACUUGUAGAGCAACCAAGUGGCAGAGGCAGCUUUGGCUUCCAAAUGUAUUAAAAACAUGCUCGUGUGCAUGCACACACACGUGUAGAAAUAGAACUGAGGGGUAAGUACUGCAGGUAAUUCAGAUGGUAUUUGCUAAUUUACCUGAAUUCUCCACGGUGGGAGAAUUCUAAAGGGUCACAUAUUAAUCUUCCGAAUGCUCAGUUCAGCCGCUGGUUCCACAGCUGGAAUUUACCUUUAUGGGUAAAUUACCUUUACAGGCUUAAAAACAAACCCCAGCUUGGUGAAGGCUCUUACACAGUUUCACCUCCAAAUAGAUUAUUACUUUUUUUUUUUUUUCCGACAGGGUCUCAGCAAUAUUUGUAUUUUAUAGAAUUAGUUGCACUUGAAGUAAAUGUGAAUAUUGUUCUCAACAUUUUUAACCCUUUCCCAUGCUAGUGGGGUGUGGAGUUCCUUUUGCUGCCAAGGCAGCGGUUGGAUGUGGGAUACUCAUCCACCCACCUGCCAGCUAAUAUAGUUACAGUCCUGGAAACACUUUCUCCCUGUUAUCCUUUCCCUUUUAAUGCCCUUAGCUCCAUGGUCAUGCCUCUCCACGCACGUGUAGCUGUCCUCGCUGCCAAUCCAAGUAUCGCUCCAUAAGUACCGAGUUACCUACAACACAGUAAAACCUCUUCCCAAAUCCCACCUAACUUCUCUUCUUUGCCCUCUUACACGAUACAAACUGUAGAGCAAAACGAGUGACGCUGCUUUGGGCAGUUCGGGGGGGAGGGGGCAGCAAAAUUGUUGCCUGCAAAAAACUAUUUUCUGAUGAUUUUUUUGUUGGUUUAGGUCUUGUACACAAUUAGAUAUGGAAGUGAUGGUUGAAAUGUAUUUUAACCCCGUGGCAAAUGUGUGUUGAGCAUCCCAUCCCCUCCCCUCCCCACACGUCACCGGCGCAGUGUUUGGGUUCUGGGGUGUAAGAAGGGGGGUCUGGGCUUCCUUAGGUUUCAAAAGACACAGAUUUGCUGCUGUCCCACCCCCGACUGGGGAAAGAACUGUAAAAUCUCAGUUACCUGUUUGGAUUUCAGUGUGUAUUAGACAUCUGUCACCGUGCCGUUCCUCACCUUCCUCCUUCUCAAAACUGUUUUUGCCUAUUGGAAACUCUCCUGUUUUGAUUUUUUUUUUUCUUCUAGAGCGUAUUAAAUUAAACUGGAUUUGAUAUUUGUAAAACUGUAAGAACUGCUCUCCUGUAAAAAAAACCAAACCCUUUCUUUAGCUGAAAAAAGAUCUUAACUAUUAGCUAAACUUUCUAAUGUAAACCUGAAGCUGAUUUAGUACCUAAUUGUUGUUUGACUACAAUAACAUAGAGCAGGCUGAGGGGAUGGGACUUGUUCUCUUUCUGACUUCACACCGAGAAAGUCAGCGAAUCCAUCGGAUGUUUUUAAAUUGUGACUUGUUUUCUAAAACCCCCAUUGUCUUUUUUCACAGCUAAUAUUUUCACAAUAAACACAGCCAAACAUAAAAACGUUAAAUGUACAAAUUGUGAAAUUCUGUUAAUUCCCAACAAAAUAUUUUUGUAUAUAAUAA